AUGUCGGCGUCGUCAUCGGUGGAAUCUGUGCCACAUGCAGAGCCGUUGCCGUCGAUGGAUUCUGUGCUGCAUGGAAAGCCGUUGUCGUCGGUGGGGUCUGUGCCGUAUUCGCAGUCUCCUCUGCCUACGAUCUUGCAGCUAAAGGUCAUUGUUGUAGCUACGACCAUUCAGCUACAGGCCUAG